GAACCUGCGACCAGGCACAUCGGAUUUCAACGGCAACAUAACAAGCCGACGAGGAAAAAACCGAAGACUUUUUUUGCAUUGGCUGCACCUUGCACGACGGCACCGGAUACGAUACCCCACAUAUUAGCUUGCUCAUCAGCGAGGAAGGCAACAUCUUGACCAUUCAAGUGUAGUCCUGCCUGAGAAAGAAUUCAUAACAGUUCUUUGUGAGAGGACUGCCGAGUUCAUAGAGCAAUAGUAUUCAAAGCAGCAUUUGUGGCGACAGGACCAAUCCAAAAAGCCAAUAUCUUAUUGCAAUCGCUAUCAUUCAAACUCCAAUAAACAACAAACACCAUGUGCCCUCCAUCCAAGCAUCCGGAAGUGACCUUGUUCAAGCCCUCAACAAAGACCAGCUUUACAGUGGUUGGGACCGAUGAGCCUCACUUUAGCCGAAGAAAGGAAAUCCUCAAGAAGCAUCCGGAGAUUAAGCAGCUCUAUGGGCCGGAUAUCCGCCUGUUGCCCAGUAUCUUGGUCAUUGUAACAGUGCAAUUAGCUCUCAGCCUCUAUGCUACCAAAAUUCAAGAUUGGAGACAUUUCGUCUUCUUGGCCUAUUCUGUGGGUGGAACUUUGACUCAUUGGUUGAGCCUUGGCACCCAUGAGCUGGCCCACAACCUCUGCUUCCACACCACGCUGUACAAUGAAGUCUUGGCCAUGAUUGCCAACUGUGCACAGUCCAUCCCCUCUUGUAUCUCUUUCAAACGAUACCACUUGGAACACCACUACAAGCAAGGAGAGAACAUCACUGAUGUAGAUGUACCCACUGACUGGGAAGGCCGCUUCUUCAACAACACUUUCAAGAAGACAAUCUUUGUGUUUCUUCAGCCAGCCUUCUACGCACUUCGGCCGAUGUUUACCAACCCAAAGGCCCCCACGUGGAAGGAAGGGCUCAACUUUGCCGUUGUCUUGGGAUUUGACGCGUUUUUGGCAUAUACCUUUGGCGGGAAGGCGCUGCUCUUCAACUUUGCUUCCACCCUACUUGGAAUGGGAUUGCACCCUGUUGCUGGACACUUCAUCUCGGAGCACUACACCUUUGUAGCUGGACAAGAGACGUACUCGUACUACGGUCCUCUCAAUUUGGUUUCUUUCAAUGUCGGAUACCACAAUGAACACCAUGAUUUUCCAAAGAUCUCGGGAUUCCGCUUGCCGAUGGUGAAAAAGAUUGCGCCCGAGUACUACGAGGAUUUGCAUUCCUAUAACUCGUGGCCCAAGGUCCUGUACGACUACAUUACCCGUCCCGACAUGAGUCCUUACAGCCGAAUCAAGCGAUUCCCAAAGGACCGAGCAGCACAGGAAGAAAAGUCGAAGGAUGCAUCAGAUAUGGCCAUUUCGAGCUCUGGUUCGGAAGACUCGGAGGAUGAAGGACCACAAAAUUGUGCAUCGGAAGGGAAGAAGACCAAGUAAGGGCAAAUGUAGACGGUUUGUUGGCGCUUCUUGUGUGUUCUCGAGCAAACUUACUUGACAUCGCAGCAGAAGCAAACAAAACAGAUUGCUGUGCCGACACCCAAGCAAUUAUCCUGAGAGAGUUUGCGUGUGUGUUCUCUCUUGUGGUCUACAUAUUUAUUGUGCUUGGAAAGCACCAGGCAUAUCAUCUCUUUCUCAGUCUCUAAAGCAGCAAGUGCAUUUGCUCUCUUUGAAUGAAUAAAACUAUUUUCUC